GGGAACUAUUAAAGGGCACGGGGAAGGAAUUGUUAAUGUGGCAUUUUACCGGUAAAACGGGAGGGUUAACAGGUAUGCUGACGGUAGAGUAUUUUUCUUCCAAUAUAGCGCUGCAUGCAGUUGUUCUUCCAACCUAUAGGUAGCGGUAAAGUGCCAAAAUCCUUCAGCCAAGUUGCCGGAAGAAGAAAACUUGGUCGGCAUCCGUCGGUGUCUUCCGUAUCCUCACUCCGCUGGGCCGCAUGACGUGUGAUUGUGUUGACUUUUUGGUCACGAGUCACGACUUUUGGAUAAACUGACUAUUAGGGAGAAAGAUGCCGAAGAAAGCGAAAGAAGAAGCAGAGUGGGUGGACGAUGAAGUCGCUCCGAUAGCAGAAAAGACCGUGAAGAAGGGGAAGAAAGACAAAAAGGGCAAAAAGAGCUUUUUUGAGGAACUGCAGACAGACAGCAAGCCUGAGAAAGCUGACGAGGUGACGGCGACAGAGGCAAAGCAGCCUCAUAAAAAGAAGAAGGAGCGGCGGAAAGGAAAAGGCGGCGAUGCAGACGAGGACAGCGAUGAAGAUGUCAUGCUGAAACUUAAAAAGCUGUCAGUCCAAGCCAGUGAUGAGGAAGAUGAGGAUGAGCCCGUCGUGGCCCCCAAGAAAGGAAAGAAGAAGAACAAGCAGGGUGGGAACAUCUUUGCAGCUCUCAGCCAGGGUGGGAGUGACCAGGAGGAGAACUCCAAUUUGGAUGAGGAAGAGAAAUCAGAAAAACAGACCCGAGAAAUUGAUGAGGAUGAGAAGCCUAAGAAGACCAAUAAAGUGAAAGAAGUCGAAAACAAACCUGCCGUGCAGGAUGAAGAUGAAGAUGAGAAGGACAACAGCGACGGAGGUGACAUGAUGAUGAGCGCAGAGGAUGUCAUCGCGGAGCAAGCCAAGCAGCAGCAGCAAGAUGACGACGACCCUUACUCUAACCUUAGCAAGAAAGAGAAAAAGAAGAAGAAGAAACAGAUGGAAUACGAGCGUCAGGUGGCCAGCCUCCGUGCUCAGAAUGCCUUGGAGGGAGAUUUCUCAAUUUCCCAGGCUGAAAUGUCCUCCAGACAGGCCAUGCUGGAGAACGCCUCUGAUAUCAAGCUGGAGCGAUUCAGCAUUUCUGCCCACGGCAAGGAGCUUUUUGUCAACGCUGACCUCCUCAUAGUGGCAGGAAGAAGAUAUGGUUUGGUUGGGCCCAAUGGCAAAGGAAAGACCACAUUACUGAAGCACAUUGCCAACAGAGCUCUGAGCAUUCCGCCUAACAUUGAUGUGCUGCUGUGUGAGCAAGAGGUGGUGGCCGACGACACACCAGCUGUGCAGGCGGUGCUCAAGGCGGAUACACGGCGCCUGAAGCUCCUGGAGGAGGAGAAGCAGCUUCAGGCUCGUCUGGAGAAGGGAGAGGACAGUGUCUCGGACAGACUGGACAAGGUCUACGAGGAGCUGAGAGUGAUUGGAGCUGCAGCAGCUGAGGCCAAAGCACGGAGAAUAUUGGCUGGGUUGUCAUUUACUCCUGAGAUGCAGAACAGACCCACCAAGAGGUUCUCGGGAGGUUGGAGAAUGAGAGUCUCACUCGCCAGAGCCCUGUUCAUGGAACCCACCCUGCUGAUGCUGGAUGAACCCACCAACCACCUCGACCUGAACGCUGUCAUCUGGCUCAACAACUAUCUUCAAGGCUGGAAGAAGACUCUACUCAUCGUUUCCCAUGACCAAAGUUUCCUCGACGACGUGUGCACUGACAUCAUGCACUUGGACAACCAGAAGCUUUACUAUUACAGAGGAAACUACUUGACCUUCAAGAAAAUGUAUGUCCAGAAGCAAAAAGAACUCCAGAAGCAGUAUGACAAGCAGGAGAAGAAACUCAAGGACCUUAAGGCUGGCGGCAAAUCCACCAAACAGGCUGAGAAGCAGACGAAGGAGGCACUGACAAGAAAGCAACAGAAAGGCAAGAAGAAGGGAGGGCAGGAAGAGGAGAGUCAGGAGGCCCCAGAGCUGCUGAAGAGGCCCAAAGAGUACACUGUCAAGUUCACCUUCCCCAAUCCUCCACCUCUUUCCCCACCCAUUCUGGGCCUGCACAGUGUUGAUUUCGGCUACGACAGUCAGAAGCCACUCUUCAAGAAUGUAGACUUUGGAAUUGACAUGGAAUCCAGAAUUUGUAUAGUUGGACCAAAUGGUGUUGGGAAGAGUACCCUGCUGUUACUGCUGAAUGGGAAACUAAACCCUACCAAGGGUGAGAUGAGGAAGAACCACCGUUUGAAAGUUGGCUUCUUCAACCAGCAGUACGCAGAUCAGUUGAACAUGGAGGAGAACCCCACAGAGUACCUGAUGAGGAACUUCAACCUGCCCUACCAGGAUAGCAGGAAGUGCCUGGGACGUUUUGGCCUGGAGAGCCACGCGCACACCAUUCAGAUCUCCAAACUGUCUGGUGGGCAGAAAGCUCGAGUCGUGUUUGCCGAACUUUCCUGCCGCCAGCCAGAUGUCCUGAUUCUGGAUGAGCCCACUAACAACCUGGACAUUGAAUCCAUCGAUGCUUUAUCAGAGGCCAUCAACGAAUACAAAGGAGCUGUGAUCAUCGUGAGCCACGACGCCCGUCUGAUCACGGAGACGCAGUGCCAGCUGUGGGUGGUGGAAGACCGCACCGUCAAUCACAUCGAUGGAGACUUUGAUGAUUACAAGAGGGAAGUGCUGGACUCCCUCGGAGAGACCAUGGUCAAUAAAGUGAAUCCAUGAUUUGACCCAAGGCUUCCUUUGCAAACGAUCCCAAAAUCCCUCUGGACUGGUCAUCAUGGCUCACCAAACUAGCGCUUUCUUUUUUUGGGACUGUAUCCUCUAUACCGGCCUGAUACUGGAGUGCUGUGGAUACAGUAGAUAACAGUAAAACAACAAACUCCAAAAUAAAUCAGUUUUUCACCUUG